GACCAUGGCCACUGAGUUGUUUGGAGUUCGGAUCGAACGGAAUGUUCCACAGGCCAAACUCAAGGAGCUAGAUGUUUACACAUGGCCCAAGUGGAGUUGUGGUCCAAGCAAAUUCGAUUGGACAUUCAGUGCGAUGGAGACAGUGUAUCAGCUAGAGGGUAAAGCAAAAAUCAAGAUCGAAGAGCACAAUGAGACAUUUGAAAUUGGGGCUGGAGAUAUGGCUGUUUUUCCCCACUGGAAUGAAGAUUAAUUUGGAUGUCAUAGAACCCAUAGACAAGCAUUAUAAGAGAUAAUUAGCUUUGGCUAUCUUUUAUUUCUGCUACUCUUCAACUAUCACGUGUUUGUGCCAACAUGAACAUAGCUCAGCAGUAAUUGACAUUUAUUUCUUUCCUCGGGUUAAGUUCGAUCUUCAUAUCUCCAAACUGUUGUACUCAAUAAAGGAAAAAAACUAUCUAAGUGUUUGUGUGUGGUGAAAAACUAUGCAACUUUAUGUAAAUCAAUUGUACUUUCUAGAACUUCUUAGGUUGUUGACAA